UUGAAAAUAUUAGACGGGCUAAAAUAUUUUGACGACUCAUUCCCUAGAUUUCCAGGCAAAAUAAGACGUAAGUACGGUAACCUUUCCGGCACUUUGCUGUUGGUCUCUUGCGAACGUGUCCCCGAAGCAGGCCUCGGUAUAUCGUUGGCAGGAAAUCGUGAUCGGGAAAAGAAUAGUACUUUUGUGUUAGGAGUGAAGGUUCAAUGUCCGUUGACGGUGCGAGCAGGAGAUGAACUGCUUGAGGUAGGUAUUUUUUAG